AUAAUUCGAGGGAAUGCAAGAUGAAACUGCUUUUGAACCUUGCGAUAACUUCGUCUAAACGGUUGUCGCAUUUGAAUACCAAUCUAUUAAGCUAUACUCCAUGCUGGAGAAAAAUGGCGAGCGAAGUGGAAAAAGCCCAAACUGCUGCUGCCGGAGGCGAUACUAUUUUCGGCAAGAUACUUCGCAAAGAAAUACCUUGCAAUUUCAUUUAUGAGGACGACAAGUGCGUUGCAUUUCUCGACGUCAACCCCCAAGCGCCGGUGCAUUUUCUGGUGAUUCCUCGAAAACCGAUCCCGCAACUGUCGAAAUCCGAGGACGAAGACGAGGCAUUGCUGGGUCAUUUAUUGGUAGUUGCGCGAAAAGUGGCGAAGCAGCAAAAUCUCGAUGAAGGUUUUCGUUUAGUCAUCAACAACGGCAAGCACGGUGCACAAUCGGUGUACCAUUUGCAUCUGCACGUUCUUGGCGGUCGUCAAAUGCAGUGGCCUCCCGGCUAAGGAUCUUUGCCCGUGUUUCAUUUCUCGAUACAAACGAAAUUGUAACUUGCUAUUAUAGAGAAGCACAUUUUGUUAAUAAUAAAGCAAUUUAAAAAGAAGUAA